AUGGAAACGUAUAGUGAUAUGUCGAAUGUGUUGAUAACAGAUGAUGUUGAUCAACAAUGUGUUGAUAUACUGCAGUCUAUUGGAUUUAAUAUUGAGAACGAUCUAUCAUCAGCUAAGAAUAGUGAACAAUUAAUCGAAAAAAUGAAGUCACAAAAAAUAAUCGAAAAUAGUCCACAUUUGAAAUUAAUUGGACGUGCUGGUACUGGUACAGAUAAUAUUGAUACUGAUUCAGCCACAAAACGUGGAGUUUUAGUCAUGAAUACACCUGGAGCAAAUACAUUAAGUGCUGCUGAACAUACUUGCGGAUUGAUAUGUUCAUUAUCCAGAAGUAUACCAGCUGCAUGUACAUCAAUCAAAUCGGGUGUAUGGGAGCGAAAUCUUAUUAAUGCUGAAUCAUUGUCAAAAUGUAAAAUAGGUGUUCGGAUCGUCAAUGUAGCUCGUGGUGUCAUUGUUGAUUAA